GGCCCCCGUUGCGGAAGCUCGGCGGGGCCGCCGCCGGUCCGCCGCUCCCCGCGCUGCGCGGCGGCGGUACUAUGCUCACGCGGGUGAAGUCCGCCGUGGCCAAUUUCAUGGGCGGCAUCAUGGCUGGCAGCGCGGGCGCCGAGCACGGCGGCGGCGCGGACCUGCCGCUGCGCUUCCCCUACGGGAGACCCGAGUUCCUGGGACUGUCCCCGGACGAGGUCGAGUGCUCCGCCGACCACAUCGCCCGCCCCAUCCUCAUCCUCAGCAAGGAGACGCGGCGCCUGCCCUGGACAACGGGCUACGCGGAAGUAAUAAAUGCUGGGAAGAGCACACACAAUGAAGAUCAAGCCAGCUGCGAAGUCCUCUUUGUCAAGAAGAAAACUGGAGGCCCUAAUUCUACACCAAACAAGAACUCAAAACGGAGAUCAUCACUCCCAAAUGGAGAAGGGCUCCAGCUGAAAGACAAUUCGGACUCAGAUGGGAUCAACCUGUACUACUGGUCCCUGUUUGAUGGACAUGCUGGGUCAGGCGCAGCUGUGGUCGCUUCCAAACUGCUGCAGCACCACAUCCUGGAGCAGCUGCAGGAGAUUGUGGACAUCCUGAGGAACACGGCUGUUCUCCCACCCACCUGCCUGGGAGAGGAACCUGACAACACAUCCACCAACAGCAGGACGCUGACACGGGCAGCCUCCCUGCGGGGUGGUGUGGGGGCCCCGGGCUCACCCAGCACCCCCCCGACACGCUUCUUUACUGAGAAGAAGAUCCCACAUGAGUGCCUGGUUAUUGGGGCUAUAGAAAGUGCAUUCAAGGAAAUGGAUUUGCAAAUAGAACGAGAGAGGACCGUGUAUAAUAUUUCUGGUGGCUGCACAGCCCUUGUGGUUGUGUAUUUAUUGGGGAAGCUUUACGUGGCAAAUGCUGGUGAUAGCAGGGCUAUAAUCAUCCGAAAUGGUGAAGUCAUUCCAAUGUCUUCAGAAUUCACUCCAGAGACCGAACGCCAGAGACUUCAGUAUCUGGCUUACAUGCAGCCCCACUUGCUGGGAAAUGAGUUCACACAUUUAGAGUUUCCACGGAGGGUGCAGCGCAAGGAAGUUGGAAAGAGGAUGCUCUACCGUGACUUCAACAUGACUGGCUGGGCAUACAAAACCAUUGAGGAAGAUGACUUGAAGUUUCCCCUUAUCUAUGGAGAAGGCAAGAAGGCUCGGGUUAUGGCAACAAUUGGCGUGACUCGAGGACUGGGAGACCACGACCUGAAGGUUCACGACUCCAAUAUCUACAUCAAACCUUUCCUAUCCUCAUCUCCUGAGGUAAGAGUCUAUGACCUACUGCAGUAUGAGCAUGGGCCGGACGAUGUUCUGAUCCUAGCUACAGAUGGACUCUGGGAUGUGCUGUUAAAUGAAGAAGUGGCAGAAGCUGUCACUAACUUCCUGCCAAACUGUGACCCUGAUGAUCCCCACAGGUACACGCUGGCGGCGCAGGACCUGGUGAUGCGAGCCCGGGGAGUGCUGAAGGACCGGGGCUGGCGAAUAUCCAACGACAGGCUGGGCUCUGGAGACGACAUUUCUGUCUACGUCAUUCCUUUAAUACAUGGGAACAAGCAGUCGUGAAAGUAGCUUCGAGAGUGGUUAUGGAAAGGGGAUCUUUUGGGGAAGGACCUGUAAGAGACGAUGUGUUUUGGAUGAUCUGACCAGGACGUCUCCAAUUGAUGUAGUCUGUUCGUAGCUAAUGCUGGAGGGGUACUUUUCUGCCUGAAAGACAGGGCUCUGCACAUAGACUAUGUAUGAUUACAGAUAACCCUUAAGAUUACAACUCCCCUGUAGUAAAGGUUUUGGUGCUUAAUGGGAAUGAGAUCAAAAUGCUGCUAGCAUAUUGUGGAUUCUGUCAUCCCUCCAGGUGAAGACCUGAAGUAAGAAUUAUUUUUUUUCAGUUUGCCAUGUAGCUUGGAAGAGCCAUUUCAGUUGUGAAAGUAGAAGUGAGUAUCAGAAGCCAAGGAGGCUCCUGAAGUCUAACCCGAAAUAUUCAGAGCAGUGACUUGGAUCACAUCUCAUUUAAAAAUACUUUUAUACAUAUAAAUGAGACUCAAGAGUUUUCUUCUUCCAAAAAAUUGCUUUCAUGACUUGCCUAUGGACAACUGCAAACUGAUGUAAUCCUUUGAAUCACCAUUUCUUCCCUCUGGUCUCUUCUUCAGUAGAUUAUAUUCCUGUAUUUUAGUAGGAAAACUGAAAUUGUUUUUCGUGUGACUAUGCCUGUUUACUGCAGCUAGAACAGCCACCUACAAAAUUGUCCAGGAGAAAUAGGUCACAGUCCUGUAUUACGAGAUCUGUUCAGGUAUGAAGAAUAAUUUUCAAGACUCCCUGUUGUGUGUGUACCAGAGCGAGGAAGCUUGCAUUAUGUGAUGUUCACCUGGAGGUUCUGGUUCCUUUGGGAUCAGAGAUUUUCAUUCUUUGAAUGGUUCUGUCUGCCUUGUCCUGUUGGAAGGAUCCCUGAACACACUGAACCUCAACUGAGGAAAAGUUCUACAUUUAUUUGGGCUCCUGAGUGUAUUUUCAGCUGGAUUUCUACUUGAAGUGAUGGCAUGGUUCUGGUUACUGGCUAAGAUACUCAGGUGGUGAUCUAUUUAAGAAUGAUUUCACUUCUGGGUUCAGCAUACCUUUGCCUGCUUGACUUGGUGACGAGAAGGUGACAGUUAAUAACUUCACAUCCUCUUGGUUGUUGAGGACUGUGGCUGAGGAUCAGAUGAUCACUGUGAUAGUUACGGCUAGCUUCAUCAGCUUUUUCUUAGCAGUGCUAAGUCAGUUUAAAUAAAGAAAAUCCAAGGACAUUGUCAUAGUACAAGCAAUAGUCCAAGAGAGUAACUACUGAGCAAAUCCGCAGCUUGACUUGGCUGCCUGUUCUGUGGGCAGACAGCUCUUCACUUUACUGGCUGCAAUUAAAAAUUAAAUAAAUCCAAAGGUUCUCAUUUAUAGGAGAUGUGUCAGCCGGGAAGUUGGAUUCAGCCUCUGUUGUCCCAGACCUCAUUCUUUUGGAGCUGCUAAUCUGACUUGUUAUACAUAAAAGCUACUUCUUGGAUAGCCAGAAGACAGGGAGCUGGGCUAACUGUGGAGCACUGAUUAGGCAUCUCAAAGGUGUUUUAUCCUUUCUAAAGGAGAAACUGCCAGCUCUAAGAGCAGGAUACUGUGUCCUUGGUGUUCCUGGAGAUGUGCACUCCUGAACAAGAGUGGCCUAGAGCUUGCCAGAUCUGUAAUUUAUAACGUGCUAUAUAAACAAAGUACAGUGCUGUUUGGCAUAGCAGCCCAGAUGCUUUAUUUGAUUGCAUCCAAAGUACAUGUGCAACAUUCUCAGUGGAUUUAAAAUGUCCUUUCUCUAAUUUCUAGACCCAGUAGGUGUUUCAGAUUGAGAUGAGCCAAUGCAGAGUGUAUAAUGGCUCAGACAUGCAUCCAACUGAGUGAUUUUAGUCUGAGAACUGUUCCAUGCGUUCCCCAGUGCCUGCGUGUGAUAAAGCAGUGCAGAACACUGGUGUUUUAUGUUCUAGAGCUCCAGUAUCAGUCAUAUAUCUGAUUAGGUGUUGCCAUGCUUUAUCUGUUUGCUCCUUUUUGCUUUUCCCCCUUUCCUUCUUCUUUUUUGUGCAUGUGGGUGAAGAGGUUUGCAGGUUUGAAGUCUAGAGUAUUUUUCACAUGGUCCUACAUAUGUUUCAAAGUCCAACCAAGAGAUCUUUUUGUGCUCUUUUUUUCUUGCUUUUUUUUUUUUAAUUAUUACUAUUGUUUUGCCUAAUAAACUUGUCAACAUGC